AUGGUCAUAGUGCUGAGAGCCCUCGGUAUCCUGUCCUCUAACAGGAGAGUUGAGUACCAACACUCCCCCCCUCUACCUGGUAGAGGAGACCGGACCCCUAAGAGCCACAGUCUGGAUAGGAAACACGUGGCGCCCAUCGUCCUGACCAAGUGGGCAAACAGCACCAACGUGCUGGACACCAACGACAAGCGGCUCAUCAAAAACAUCAGGCGUUUCCGUACAGGCUCUGGUCGCCCCCACCCCUACAGACAGACACAAGAUGGUGCGUUGGGCCCCAAGGUCCCUGGCUCUCCAGACUCUGACUCCUCAGACCCCUCGUCCCCUACCUCCCCUUCGGAGAAGUGUGGUAUUCUCAACGUGACCAAGAUAACUGAGCAUGGAAAGAAAGUACGGAAGAACUGGACGUCGUCCUGGACGGUUCUCCAGGGCUCCUUGCUGAUAUUCGCUAAAGGCCAGGGGGGUGGGACCAGCUGGUUUGGAGGAAGCCAGUCUAAACCAGAGUUCACUGUGGACCUGAGAGGAGGAUCUAUAGAAUGGGCUUCCAAGGACAAGUCCAGCAAGAAGCAUGUCAUUGAGGUGAAAACCCAUCAGAGUACAGAGCUGCUGAUCCAGUCAGAGAACGACGGAGUCAUCAAUGACUGGUACAGGGCACUGAUGGACACAAUCAGCACACACGCCUGGGAGUCAGAUGAGGCCAUAGAGGAGGACAUGCCAGAGUCUCCUGGAGCGGAGAAACAAGACCAGGAGAAAGAGCACAGAGACUCUAAGAAGAGCCGAGCCAUGAAGAGUUCCACCAGUAUGGACACGUCGGACAACAAGAAGACCAGAAUCAAGCUGAAGAAGUUCCUGACACGCAGACCCACUCUGCAGACAGUCAGAGACAAGGGCUACAUCAAAGACCAGGUGUUUGGCUGCAGUCUGAGUGACCUCUGUCAGAGAGAGAACACGUCCGUGCCAAGCUUCGUCACGAUGUGCAUCGACCACGUGGAAAACAACGCUCUGAAUGUGGACGGGCUGUACAGAGUGAGUGGGAACCUGGCUGUCAUCCAGAAACUACGCUUCGCUGUCAAUCAUGAUGAGAAGGUGAACCUGGAGGAAGGGAAGUGGGAGGAUAUCCAUGUGAUUACAGGAGCGUUGAAGAUGUUCUUCAGAGAGCUGCCUGAACCCCUCUUCACAUAUGGAUUAUUCCAUGACUUUGUCAACUCCAUCAAGAUCCCAGACUACAAGCAGCGUGUCCAGGCCAUCAAGGAGCGGGUCAAACAGUUGCCAAAACCCAACCAGGACACGAUGCAGGUCCUCUUCAAACACCUCAGGAGGGUGAUUGACCACGGCGAGGAGAACCGUAUGACGACCCAGAGCGUGGCCAUAGUGUUCGGCCCCACCCUCCUCAGACCCGAGACAGAGACGUGGAACAUGGCGGUCCACAUGGUCUAUCAGAACCAGAUAGUAGAUCUCAUCCUGCUGGAGUACGAGGGCAUCUUUAGGUAGACACCAGAGGGGUGACCUUUUCCCUAAGUACAGGUCUAGGAUCAGUUUCCCUUCCCACCCAAUCAUAACCUUAGUGGAGGAGGUGCUAAACUGACCCAAGAUCAGCGUCUAGGUGCAACUUCACCCUACACUGGUAGAGACGGGAGGUGAUGUUCACUAGGAACGAAACGCUAACGGGAUGAAACGGAGAGGGACUACGUGAACUUGUCCAAUAAGAAACUUGUUUUCCGUUGUCAAAUGCUUCGUAACGUUGUGCUGUAAUGACUCCAACCCAGGCCUCCUCUCUGAACACCAUCACCACCAUGACUAUGCAGAGCUCUCAACCCAACCCAGGAGAGACCUGUCCAACUCACCCCCCUCUAGCCCGUAGUCAUUCACGCCUCAGAAUCCAUCUCCCGCCAACCAAACCUGUAAGACAAGGACUUAUUAUACACAACUAAUAAACCCAAGUUGAGACUCUUAGCAGCCAACAUGGAAGAUGCUUCUCCCUCCUGCUCUUCUCUCAGCAAACAUGGAAGAUGCUUCCCCCUCCUGCUCCUCUCUCAGCAAACAUGGAAGAUGCUUCCCCCUCCUGCUCCUCUCUCAGCAAACAUGGAAGAUGCUUCCCCCUCCUGCUCCUCUCUGUAAACAUGGAAGAUGCUUCCCCCUCCUGCUCCUCUCUCAGCAAACAUGGAAGAUGCUUCCCCCUCCUGCUCCUCUCUCAGCAAACAUGGAAGAUGCUUCCCCCUCCUGCUCCUCUCUCAGCAAACAUGGAAGAUGCUUCCCCCUCCUGCUCCUCUCUCAGCCAACAUGGAAGAUGCUUCUCCCUCCUGCUCCUCUCUCAGCAAACAUGGAAGAUGCUUCCCCCUCCUGCUCCUCUCUCAGCAAACAUGGAAGAUGCUUCCCCCCCCCUGCUCCUCUCUCAGCAAACAUGGAAGAUGCUUCCCCCUCCUGCUCCUCUCUCAGCAAACAUGGAAGAUGCUUCUCCCUCCUGCUCCUCUCUCAGCAAACAUGGAAGAUGCUUCCCCCUCCUGCUCCUCUCUCAGCAAACAUGGAAGAUGCUUCCCCCUCCUGCUCCUCUCUCAGCAAACAUGGAAGAUGCUUCCCCCUCCUGCUCUUCUCUCCAUGGCUGCUUUUGUGGGACUUUCUGCAAAAGCCAACAUCCAAUCCUGAUUGUCCAUUCACUGGAUUACUAUGUCCAUCGUAAAUGAUCCCUCUCCUCUAAAGUACAGACUCUCUCUCCUCUGUGAAGCGGUUCGUUCUACACACUGGCUGUGUCUUACGUGGCUCACUAUUCACUAUAAAGUGUACUUCUUCUGGCCAAAGGUAGUGCACUAUAUAGGGAAUAGGGUUCCAUUUGGGACACACACACUGACUCAUGGUUUUACUUCAGCCAUCUUAACAAAACUAUUCUGCUUCUCUGGUUUUCAGAAGAAAUCUUCUCCUAUCAGUCAGAUUUCAACUUGAAAAUACAGAACUGGUCCUCUGACUGGUGGUGAAUAAGGCAACCAUUAAUAAAUUAAAGUUCUGUUGAAUAAUAUGUACAGCUGUAGUGUGUUGUGUCAAAUGGCACCCUAUUCACUUUGUAGUGCACUACUUUUAACCAGAGCUCUGAUCAAAGGUAGUGCACUAUAAAGGAAAUGAACAGGGUUGUGUGUGUGUGUGUGUGUGUGUACGGGGGAUUGACUGACUGGAAAUAUGUUGUACAGAUGUUUGAUAGUAAUUAUGUUUAUCUUGACGGUGAGCGUUAGAAACUUGGAGACAAUCACUAACGUGUUAAGAUUUGUUCCAUAAGGUAGACUGAUUGUGUAAAAAAAUAAAAUAAUAAUAAUCAUUUAGGAUUGAAAAAUUCCAGUAACUUAACUGAAAUUCUCAGAUUUUCCCCAAAUCCCUGUUGGGAGGAUUCCCUGGAUAUUCUGCAUAUUCACUCCUGAUCCAGGGAAAAUUCCAACCAGGGUUUAUGGAAAACCUGGGGAAUUUGGGGAAAGUUACUGUAAUUUUGCAACACUAGAACUACUUACUAUAUGACCUGGGUUGUGGAAGUUUACCUGAGUUGUGGGUAAAUGACACAUUUUGAAUGUAAUUAUUUUCCAAACUAACUGCUGUUCAUGACUUCUUGUCUAACUGGAAUAAAGGCCUCCAUUGAGAACCU